AUGGACUAUAGUAAAUCCAAGACCGAAACCCGAUUACUUCAGUCUCUGAACAAGUUCAUUGCACUACUAGCGUACUUAGGAACGCUACCGCCAAGUACAGCAACUGCCAAUGCAAAACUGUUGGCCAACUACUUGCGGCUAAACCUCUUGUCACGGCUCAGACACCUGCAGACUGUGUCCGAGGCAGAGAGGCCGCUGGACUCAAAAGAAAGAGACCUGCUGGUACAAUGGUGGAUUACGUUGCUCAAUUUCCUCAACAGUGACAGUCGAAGCCAGGAACAGGACGAAAUCCCACCUUUACUGACAAUUGAGGUAUGUUCUGUGGCUCUCGAGAGUGUCAGCCGGAUUUUGACACUCACUGGGCUUGCAUCCUCAAACCAGCGCGAACUUGACAUCACUGCAUAUCACACUCUCCUGAGUGUUCAUUAUGUCACCAACAGACUCAUUUCUAAUACCAAGAAACGCAAGUUUUUUGUUUCUAACAAACAGCUGCCCGCGGCUCAUGCAAAACAACAGCUGCGUUAUUACAAUCAGUAUAAUCAGCUUUUGAACUCUUUCAUGGGCAAAUUGAUGGCCUAUGCAUUUUUCUAUCUGGACGCCUCAUUUGAAUACGACUCAUUACUGCUGCGGUUUCUGGAGCCUAAUGUAUGUGUCGUAGAGCGUUCUUUUCCUGCAUUUCCUUGGAAAACCAAGGAUCAUAAAAUUAGUGGCCAAAGUUGCCCUCCGCGGUCCCUAACCACUUUGACCGAACAAGACAAGAAAAUAUUUCAAGUCGUUAUCUCAUAUUUGAGAAACGACACCAUUUUCAUGGCUUUUUACUGGCAUUAUUGGCAUAUAGCACUGUCUAGUUUGGCAGCGCACAAUAUUGAGAAAGUUGAUAAGGUUUCAAUACCAGGCUGUGAGGUCUUGAUUCGCUAUAUCAGCAAAAACCUUGACAGUGAUAUUGCAGCGUUCUCUCGAUUUCUGAAAUCUCAGGAAAAUGACUCCUUUCAGCAUACGCGACCAACGGGUCAAACAUUCCCGGUAACAAGUGAGCAGACUGAUAAUUUUGUUUUCGUAAACUUCAAAACGGUAAAACUGUGGGAGUGUAUUCGAUCACUUGUAGGUUGUCUUCAUCCAAACAUGUCUAAUUUACUUUGCAAUUGGAUAAAACUUCACGAUGGUAUUCUUCUCAGAAAGCUAGCCAAGAUUCCAGCUUAUGACCAUCAGCUAGGAAAUUUGAUUUACAAUCGGCUUCUACAGUUUGUCUUAUUCCAGUUUUAUUCUUUGGAACCUUAUUUAUUGGCAUUCAAUUGGCCAAAGUGGUGCCAAGGUCUCACUAGCAUGCUCCAAACUCUAAACGUGAAUUGCCAAUGCGUCGCAUUGGUCUCGCUUUUCAACAUCUGGGACUACAUCCCAACCGAUCAACAAGUGCAAAGCGAUAUAAUUACUACUUUGGUGAUUGAUUGGUGGGAAAACUUGGCUCAAGACACAAUCUUCGAUGUUGUGCGAAUUUUGUUUUUCAAGAUAGUCGUUUUCCGGUUACUGAGCUCAACUAAUGUCACUCUAGAAGUUUUGAAAACCCAGGUGGUAAAGAAACUUCAAGAAGCCUAUCUACGAGCAGUUUCUUUAGAGUUAGAAGUUCCGGCAGAGUUUCACCCGAGUUUAGCCACAGACGUCCUACUUUUUCACAUCAACCGGAAGGUGAUACUAUCGAAGUACGAUUCAACCUCCGAAGACUCUUUACUUAAAGAAUGUGAACUGAACAAUAACAACAACAACAACAAAGAAAAAGAAAGAAGUCUUCUACUUCCUUCGGUCAUAAUGACUGCUAAUGUGAGGCCAAUGUUUGUUUUAUCUCAAGGUCGAUACCCUUUCGAUAUUUUAGAUGAAAUGGUUCUGAAGGCUUCUAAGAAGGCAGCUAAGAAACGCAACCAAGAUUCCAAAUCUGACAGUAACCCUUCAAAAAACCUUUUAAGCAGCGGACCUAAUAACAGCAGCAAGAGCAGUAGUGAUCUUGCAGAAGAAGAAGCCGAUGGUUCUGUUGCUAGCGCUUUUGGGUCAUUCCUCUCGAAAUUUGGUAGUUCUAGCCUAAAAAAUUCAAAGAAGAGCAAGGGAUCACUCGCGGAACGUUUCACCAGAAGUACAAGCUCCGGAAGCUCAAGACUAGCAGGUGAACCUGUGUUGACUUUGGACGGUAAGCACGACUGUGAGUCAGCCGAAAUGAUCUCGAUGUUUUCUUCACUGUCCGGUGCCUCUUCAUUGUCCGCUAAUAGAAGUGGCUCAUCAUUGGAACUGCGAACUCAUCAAUCGAUAUCAAAAGAUUCAUUGACGUCACGUAGAUCCUCCAUUAAAGAUGAGCAUGACGACGUUGUACAGCCUCAAAAAAAGAAAAAGCUUUUAGCUCCACCAGAAUCGAAGUUUUCUGCAGAAAUUGUAAAAGCUGAGCCCAUCAGAUGGAUGUUUCGUACUAUUACAGUGCCUAUUUCUGGCUCGAUGCCAUCAGCAGUGCUAAGAGUACAGAAAGCUAACGACAAAUGGGGAAUAGUUACAGCCAAAAGCUACGAUAAACCACUCCCUCCAACGAACGAAAACUCCGGUGAAGGAUUAGUCGAUUUUGCUGAUCAUCCGUCUUUGGCGGGAGACAUCAACAGUUCCAAUGUGUCAGAGAGUCUUGUCAUGGGUUCCUGCAACGAUAACAGCAAAGGCUUCAUAUCAUCCCAGCCAAUGGUACCACAUCCAUAUUUGGUAGGCCUCGGACUUAGCCAAUCCACCUCAUCAAACCCUCAUGAUGGAGAUCAAUUCACGCUGACUUCUGCGAAGAGCGAAAAAUCAAUAGAAAAGAGAUUGGAGAAACAUAAUACUCCGAACGCACCAUCUGCUCAAAACACACCCUAUACAAUGAAGCAAGGGACGGAGCUCGGUAAAUUGGUCAAAAUGAUAACAGUUUUCAACGAUACUGUUUCCGAACGACUGCACUUUAUGGAUAUGGUACACUAUUCCGGUCAAAGACUCAUGUUGGAUCCCGAAUUAAGCACUUUUCGAAACUCUCAAAAUAGUCACAGAAAUCUGGACAAUGCUCGAAUUGAGUACAUGUAG